AUGGCCAUGCCGUUUCAGAAUGUCAUCGACCCCACGCUGCUCUCAGCAACAUAUUCCGGGCAAGGACUAUUACCCAACGACACACUGCGCUCCAACGGGCUGGUCCUCUCUGCCCCAAAGCCUCUUACCCCUCCCUCAUCCCAACCGAUAACGCCGUCUGGCAGUUUCAACAAUGGGAUCGACGCGCAAACCCUGAUGGCUGCGAACACGCUGUUAACCUCGUUCAGCGGUGGCAUUGGAUCAGGGUUCUCACCUUCCACAGUGGCGGCAACUGCCUCCGGCAGGUCUGGAGCUCAACUUGAUGGACAUCUCCCUCCUUCCCCUCCUCCUCCUCCUCCUCCUCCACCACCACCCACCCAGCCUGUCCCUCCGCUAAAGCGGUCUCGUCCUCCGUUCCCAGUCACCCCACUUCCACCCCCAUUGCCGCAAGAUCCCUACCAUGUUCAGAUGCCAACACCCACCAGCAAGCUAUCUGCAGCAAGUGUCGUACGUGAAGCCAUUGAGGUCCGGCAACAUAUUCAUGCGCUCGAGCACGAGAAUCGAUCGCUCCGGGAGAAGGUGGAUUGGUUGCAUGCUGGACUGGAGGCGAUCAUUGCCCAGAACGAGCACCUUGAUGGCAAGGUCCAGGAGUUUGAAGGGUGGUUGGCAUCAGGACGAGGUGGGAAAGCUAAGCCGGACUCGAGAGAGGAUAUCGACGACGACAGCAGCCCUGAAUCAGCUGAUGAAAGCACCGAUAGUGGUUCGGAAGACGAGUCGGAUUGCGCUCCUGUCAACGUUGUUGCCGCUACCUUUCGACGAUUCUUUGGGGCAACUUCCCUCUCCAAGAAAGCCGACUUGCCACCCUCGUAUGACCCCAAUUCUACCGAGGAGCUUCCAUUGCUUCCAGGUUCGCAAGACGUGCGUCAAGUACGGGUCUACUGGGCGCCUCAAGCGAAAAGAGGGAGGGACAAAGACAUCGACCUUCACAAGCAUCAGCAUAACGCUCGGGUGUGUCAAGUGCUCGCCAACCACUGCAAGGAAUUUGGGGAGACGUACUAUCCGCUGGCAGGAAAGCUCCUCAGCAGCAUUUUCAUGUGUGAUCUUGAGGAGAAGUUUGUGAAGAAGCUUGACCGGUUGCAGAGGAUCUGGAAGGGGACCGACGGGCGACAGGAAACCGCACCUGGAGGGAACAUGACCCGUAACAUGUUCUUGAAUCGCGCUGAAGGGAAACUCAAGUACCGCAUUGCAAAAUUUAAUGCCCUUCCGGAUGGCAAUCGUUUCAAGGACCAGAAGUACCUGUCGGGACUGAAGAAGCACUUGAUGUCCGAUGACGAGGAUAAGGUCAAUGAUGAUGGUGUUGUUGUCGAAAAUGUGUACGUGGCGCGACCGCCAAAACACCGUUCUCGACUGUUCCAAGAGUUCCUGGACGAAGUCGACGCUGUUGUGAUUCCGUGGUCGACGAAGUACACCCGACGCGUCAAAGGCGAGGUCAAGGACACUCCUCCCGCGCAAGCUCGGAAAAUAGAAAACAGAUUUCGACGUUGGAUGAUCGACCCUGCUUAUCUGGUGGAGCAUCCAGAGUACGAUGUGCCAGACAGGAUUGCGGACAAUGGAAAGCUGUGGGGCGAUGAGCACGAUCCGGAGGAGUUGGAGGCGAAGAAGGGAGAGUUCAGGGCAAAGAAGAGGGCGGCAAAGGCUGAGCUGAAAAGCAAGACGCCUGCAAAGCGACGUAAGACGAAGGGGAAGGAUAAAAGCAAGGGAGGGAAGGGAAAGACGAAAGCGAGCGAAAUGGUUGAAGAGGUUGAAGAAGAGCCGAGCAACGAUCAGAACGAGAUGGAUGGAGAUUGGGAAGGUUAA